AUGGCGGGAUCCCCGCGGCAUAUCGACGCGGCGCGCGGCGAUUUCAAAAAGCAAGCCGCCGUGCCGUUGCAGCCUUUCCGCGCGCCGAACCCCAGAAGUUAUGCGCCACCAGGCCCACUCGUGGCGGAAGCGGCGGAAGAAGUGGGGGGAGCACUCGCUGCAGGCCGCGUUACGGCUGAAUUUCGCGCCGCUUUCCCUGGCGGGCCGGCAGUUGCGGCCGCAGCGGAUGCAGCAGACGCCGCAGAAGCAGCAGCACCGGCGAUAGUCGUGCCUCCGCGAGAGGUGGUGCAAUAUGCGGCAGCAGCACCUUAUCUCUCCCCUACGGCUCCCCCUUCCGCCACAUCCAGGCGCUCCGCAUGCGGUACCACGGCGGAAGGCUUUCUCCGCUCGUCCAACGAGUCUCCGCAGUCCGAGCGGCGGGGAGUGAUUACCGCCGACGCUGCUGCCGCGACGCCGCCCCUCGCCUUACCCGCGCCUCCCGCGCCUUCCGCGCCUUCCGCCGCGUUCGCCGCGCAUCCUUCCGCCUUACCCUCGCCGCCGUCGGUUGCGCCGCUCAUGCCGUGGCUGCUGCGAGUGGACUCCGCGUCGCUGGAGACCUAUCACAUGCUGACACGUCAGCCGUCGCUCUACUCGUUCUCCCUGGCGGACCUCCCCCAGACGUCUUUAAUCUCCCCUUCCGCGCUGCCUUCUCCCGCCGCGUUCGGCGCGGAUGCUCCUGCUACCACGGCACGCCCUGCUGGUCUGAAUCUGAUAACAACGUUGUCCGGCAACAACAAAGCACGAGACAGCACAGACGAUGCUCUUGGGGAUCCUGGGAUUCCUCAAUUGUUCUUCGACGCAGCAGCACGAGAUGGCACACAGCACGGCGUGGGUCAAGCUGAGGUGGCGGAGGCAAAGCGAGGGAUGGGGGAGCCUGAGAGGCCGCCGCAGGGGGCGCAGGCGGCGCAGGCGGCGCAGGGGUGUGAGGAGGAGACGCCGGGGUGCUCCAACCCAGUCAGCACCGCUCUGAACCGCAUUCAAGACCACGUGCAGCACCGCAUGCGCAUGCAUCCGUCCCCAACCCCUCCGCACCCUGCAGAACCGCUCAGAACCGCAGAGUCCCCUUUCUUUCCCGUCUCCUCUGCCCAGCGGGAGCAGCGGGAGGAGGCGGGGAAAGUGGAGAGCGAAAGAGCACCACAUGCAGGUUCGGCACGCCCGGCAGGUCUGGCGGGUCUGGCAGGUUUGGCAGAAAGGGAGUCGGUAGCAUGCCCCACUGCCACAUCUCUCCUGCCUGAUUUCCUCUCAACCGCAGCACCACUACCCCUGCAGCACCACCGCUCGCACUACUACCACCAGUCGCAGCAGCAGCAACAGCCGCAGCCACAGCAGAAGCACAUGCAUCAGCACUUGCCAUUUCCUCUUUCCACCCACUCCCCUUCGAACGGGGGACACGUGGGUCUCUUCUCUUCCACCGCUGCUGCUGCUGCUGCUGGAGGGAAGGAGGAAGAGGGGGGUUGGGAUUAUCAUACGUGGGAGAGGAGGGCGGGCAGACGGAGAGGAGUAGGAGAAGGGUUAAGAGGAGGAGGUGUGAGUGGGGAAGGCGUGGGAGUGAGGGGGGGGAUGAAGAGGACGUGGGAGCAGAUGGAGGAAGAGGGCGGGUUGGCUAUCCCGAGCGAGGAAGCAGGUACGAGCGAGGAAGCAGGUACGAGCGAGGAAGCAGGUACGAGCGAGGAAGCAGGUACGAGCGAGGAAGCAGGUACGAGCGAGGAAGCAGGUACGAGCGAGGAAGCAGGUACGAGCGAGGAAGCAGGUACGAGCGAGGAAGCAGGUACGAGCGAGGAAGCAGGUACGAGCGAGGAAGCAGGUACGAGCGAGGAAGCAGGUACGAGCGAGGAAGCAGGUACGAGCGAGGAAGCAGGUACGAGCGAGGAAGCAGGUAGGAGCGAGGAAGCAGGUACGAGCGAGGAAGCAGGUACGAGCGAGGAAGCAGGUACGAGCGAGGAAGCAGGUACGAGCGAGGAAGCAGGUACGAGCGAGGAAGCAGGUACGAGCGAGGAAGCAGGUUCGAGCGAGGAAGCAGGUUCGAGCGAGGAAGCAGGUACGAGCGAGGAAGCAGGUAGGAGCGAGGAAGCAGGUACGAGCGAGGAAGCAGGGACGAGCGAGGAAGCAGGUACGAGCGAAGAAGCAGGUACGAGCGAGGAAGCAGGUAGGAGCGAGGAAGCAGGUAGGAGCGAGGAAGCAGGUAGGAGCGAGGAAGCAGGUAGGAGCGAGGAAGCAGGUAGGAGCGAGGAAGCAGGUAGGAGCGAGGAAGCAGGUAGGAGCGAGGAAGCAGGUAGGAGCGAGGAAGCAGGUACGAGCGAGGAAGCAGGUACGAGCGAGGAAGCAGGUACGAGCGAGGAAGCAGGUACGAGCGAGGAAGCAGGUACGAGCGAGGAAGCAGGUACGAGCGAGGAAGCAGGUAGGAGCGAGGAAGCAGGUAGGAGCGAGGAAGCAGGUAGGAGCGAGGAAGCAGGUAGGAGCGAGGAAGCAGGUAGGAGCGAGGAAGCAGGUAGGAGCGAGGAAGCAGGUAGGAGCGAGGAAGCAGGUAGGAGCGAGGAAGCAGGUAGGAGCCAGGAAGCAGGUAGGAGCGAGGAAGCAGGUACGAGCGAGGAAGCAGGUACGAGCGAGGAAGCAGGUACGAGCGAGGAAGCAGGUACGAGCGAGGAAGCAGGUAUGAGCGAGGAAGCAGGUACGAGCGAGGAAGCAGGUAGGAGCGAGGAAGCAGGUACGAGCGAGGAAGCAGGUACGAGCGAGGAAGCAGGUACGAGCGAGGAAGCAGGUACGAGCGAGGAAGCAGGUACGAGCGAGGAAGCAGGUACGAGCGAGGAAGCAGGUACGAGCGAGGAAGCAGGUACGAGCGAGGAAGCAGGUACGAGCGAGGAAGCAGGUACGAGCGAGGAAGCAGGUACGAGCGAGGAAGCAGGUAGGAGCGAGGAAGCAGGUAGGAGCGAGGAAGCAGGUACGAGCGAGGAAGCAGGUACGAGCGAGGAAGCAGGUACGAGCGAGGAAGCAGGUACGAGCGUGGAAGCAGGUACGAGCGAGGAAGCAGGUACGAGCGAGGAAGCAGGUACGAGCGAGGAAGCAGGUACGAGCGAGGAAGCAGGUACGAGCGAGGAAGCAGGUACGAGCGAGGAAGCAGGUACGAGCGAGGAAGCAGGUACGAGCGAGGAAGCAGGUACGAGCGAGGAAGCAGGUACGAGCGAGGAAGCAGGUACGAGCGAGGAAGCAGGUACGCGCGAGGAAGCAGGUACGCGCGAGGAAGCAGGUACGAGCGAGGAAGCAGGUACGAGCGAGGAAGCAGGUACGAGCGAGGAAGCAGGUAGGAGCGAGGAAGCAGGUAGGAGCGAGGAAGCAGGUAGGAGCGAGGAAGCAGGUAGGAGCGAGGAAGCAGGUAGGAGCGAGGAAGCAGGUACGAGCGAGAAAGCAGGUACGAGCGAGGAAGCAGGUACGAGCGAGGAAGCAGGUACGAGCGAGGAAGCAGGUAGGAGCGAGGAAGCAGGUACGAGCGAGGAAGCAGGUACGAGCGAGGAAGCAGGUACGAGCGAGGAAGCGGGUACGAGCGAGGAAGCAGGUACGAGCGAGGAAGCAGGUUCCAGCGAGGAAGCAGGUUCGAGCGAGGAAGCAGGUUCGAGCGAGAAAGCAGGUACGAGCGAGAAAGCAGGUACGAGCGAGAAAGCAGGUACGAGCGAGAAAGCAGGUACGAGCGAGAAAGCAGGUAGGAGCGAGGAAGCAGGUAGGAGCGAGGAAGCAGGUACGAGCGAGGAAGCAGGUACGAGCGAGGAAGCAGGUACGAGCGAGGAAGCAGGUACGAGCGAGGAAGCAGGUAGGAGCGAGGAAGCAGGUACGAGCGAGGAAGCAGGUACGAGCGAGGAAGCAGGUACGAGCGAGGAAGCAGGUACGAGCGAGGAAGCAGGUACGAGCGAGGAAGCAGGUACGAGCGAGGAAGCAGGUUCGAGCGAGGAAGCAGGUUCGAGCGAGGAAGCAGGUACGAGCGAGGAAGCAGGUAGGAGCGAGGAAGCAGGUACGAGCGAGGAAGCAGGGACGAGCGAGGAAGCAGGUACGAGCGAAGAAGCAGGUACGAGCGAGGAAGCAGGUAGGAGCGAGGAAGCAGGUAGGAGCGAGGAAGCAGGUAGGAGCGAGGAAGCAGGUAGGAGCGAGGAAGCAGGUAGGAGCGAGGAAGCAGGUAGGAGCGAGGAAGCAGGUAGGAGCGAGGAAGCAGGUAGGAGCGAGGAAGCAGGUAGGAGCGAGGAAGCAGGUACGAGCGAGGAAGCAGGUACGAGCGAGGAAGCAGGUACGAGCGAGGAAGCAGGUACGAGCGAGGAAGCAGGUAGGAGCGAGGAAGCAGGUAGGAGCGAGGAAGCAGGUAGGAGCGAGGAAGCAGGUAGGAGCGAGGAAGCAGGUAGGAGCGAGGAAGCAGGUAGGAGCGAGGAAGCAGGUAGGAGCGAGGAAGCAGGUAGGAGCGAGGAAGCAGGUAGGAGCGAGGAAGCAGGUAGGAGCGAGGAAGCAGGUACGAGCGAGGAAGCAGGUACGAGCGAGGAAGCAGGUACGAGCGAGGAAGCAGGUACGAGCGAGGAAGCAGGUACGAGCGAGGAAGCAGGUACGAGCGAGGAAGCAGGUAGGAGCGAGGAAGCAGGUACGAGCGAGGAAGCAGGUACGAGCGAGGAAGCAGGUACGAGCGAGGAAGCAGGUACGAGCAAGGAAGCAGGUACGAGCGAGGAAGCAGGUACGAGCGAGGAAGCAGGUACGAGCGAGGAAGCAGGUACGAGCGAGGAAGCAGGUACGAGCGAGGAAGCAGGUACGAGCGAGGAAGCAGGUACCAGCGUGGAAGCAGGUACGAGCGAGGAAGCAGGUACGAGCGAGGAAGCAGGUACGAGCGAGGAAGCAGGUACGAGCGAGGAAGCAGGUACGAGCGAGGAAGCAGGUACGAGCGAGGAAGCAGGUACGAGCGAGGAAGCAGGUACGAGCGAGGAAGCAGGUACGAGCGAGGAAGCAGGUAGGAGCGAGGAAGCAGGUACGAGCGAGGAAGCAGGUACGCGCGAGGAAGCAGGUACGCGCGAGGAAGCAGGUACGAGCGAGGAAGCAGGUACGAGCGAGGAAGCAGGUACGAGCGAGGAAGCAGGUAGGAGCGAGGAAGCAGGUAGGAGCGAGGAAGCAGGUAGGAGCGAGGAAGCAGGUAGGAGCGAGGAAGCAGGUACGAGCGAGGAAGCAGGUACGAGCGAGGACGCAGGUACGAGCGAGGAAGCAGGUACGAGCGAGGAAGCAGGUAGGAGCGAGGAAGCAGGUACGAGCGAGGAAGCAGGUACGAGCGAGGAAGCAGGUACGAGCGAGGAAGCAGGUACGAGCGAGGAAGCAGGUUCGAGCGAGGAAGCAGGUUCGAGCGAGGAAGCAGGUACGAGCGAGGAAGCAGGUAGGAGUGAGGAAGCAGGUACGAGCGAGGAAGCAGGGACGAGCGAGGAAGCAGGUACGAGCGAAGAAGCAGGUACGAGCGAGGAAGCAGGUAGGAGCGAGGAAGCAGGUAGGAGCGAGGAAGCAGGUAGGAGCGAGGAAGCAGGUAGGAGCGAGGAAGCAGGUAGGAGCGAGGAAGCAGGUAGGAGCGAGGAAGCAGGUAGGAGCGAGGAAGCAGGUAGGAGCGAGGAAGCAGGUACGAGCGAGGAAGCAGGUACGAGCGAGGAAGCAGGUACGAGCGAGGAAGCAGGUACGAGCGAGGAAGCAGGUACGAGCGAGGAAGCAGGUACGAGCGAGGUAGGAGCGAGGAAGCAGGUAGGAGCGAGGAAGCAGGUAGGAGCGAGGAAGCAGGUAGGAGCGAGGAAGCAGGUAGGAGCGAGGAAGCAGGUAGGAGCGAGGAAGCAGGUAGGAGCGAGGAAGCAGGUAGGAGCGAGGAAGCAGGUAGGAGCGAGGAAGCACGUAGGAGCGAGGAAGCAGGUACGAGCGAGGAAGCAGGUACGAGCGAGGAAGCAGGUACGAGCGAGGAAGCAGGUACGAGCGAGGAAGCAGGUACGAGCGAGGAAGCAGGUACGAGCGAGGAAGCAGGUAGGAGCGAGGAAGCAGGUACGAGCGAGGAAGCAGGUACGAGCGAGGAAGCAGGUACGAGCGAGGAAGCAGGUACGAGCGAGGAAGCAGGUACGAGCGAGGAAGCAGGUACGAGCGAGGAAGCAGGUACGAGCGAGGAAGCAGGUACGAGCGAGGAAGCAGGUACGAGCGAGGAAGCAGGUACGAGCGAGGAAGCAGGUACGAGAAGCAGGUACGAGCGAGGAAGCAGGUACGAGCGAGGAAGCAGGUACGAGCGAGGAAGCAGGUACGAGCGAGGAAGCAGGUACGAGCGAGGAAGCAGGUACGAGCGAGGAAGCAGGUACGAGCGAGGAAGCAGGUACGAGCGAGGAAGCAGGUACGAGCGAGGAAGCAGGUACGAGCGAGGAAGCAGGUACGAGCGAGGAAGCAGGUACGCGCGAGGAAGCAGGUACGCGCGAGGAAGCAGGUACGAGCGAGGAAGCAGGUACGAGCGAGGAAGCAGGUACGAGCGAGGAAGCAGGUAGGAGCGAGGAAGCAGGUAGGAGCGAGGAAGCAGGUAGGAGCGAGGAAGCAGGUAGGAGCGAGGAAGCAGGUACGAGCGAGGAAGCAGGUACGAGCGAGGAAGCAGGUACGAGCGAGGAAGCAGGUACGAGCGAGGAAGCAGGUAGGAGCGAGGAAGCAGGUACGAGCGAGGAAGCAGGUACGAGCGAGGAAGCAGGUACGAGCGAGGAAGCGGGUACGAGCGAGGAAGCAGGUACGAGCGAGGAAGCAGGUUCCAGCGAGGAAGCAGGUUCGAGCGAGGAAGCAGGUUCGAGCGAGAAAGCAGGUACGAGCGAGAAAGCAGGUACGAGCGAGAAAGCAGGUACGAGCGAGAAAGCAGGUACGAGCGAGAAAGCAGGUAGGAGCGAGGAAGCAGGUAGGAGCGAGGAAGCAGGUACGAGCGAGGAAGCAGGUACGAGCGAGGAAGCAGGUACGAGCGAGGAAGCAGGUACGAGCGAGGAAGCAGGUACGAGCGAGGAAGCAGGUACGAGCGAGGAAGCAGGUACGAGCGAGGAAGCAGGUACGAGCGAGGAAGCAGGUACGCGCGAGGAAGCAGGUACGCGCGAGGAAGCAGGUACGAGCGAGGAAGCAGGUACGAGCGAGGAAGCAGGUACGAGCGAGGAAGCAGGUAGGAGCGAGGAAGCAGGUAGGAGCGAGGAAGCAGGUAGGAGCGAGGAAGCAGGUAGGAGCGAGGAAGCAGGUAGGAGCGAGGAAGCAGGUAGGAGCGAGGAAGCAGGUACGAGCGAGGAAGCAGGUACGAGCGAGGAAGCAGGUAGGAGCGAGGAAGCAGGUACGAGCGAGGAAGCAGGUACGAGCGAGGAAGCAGGUACGAGCGAGGAAGCAGGUACGAGCGAGGAAGCGGGUACGAGCGAGGAAGCAGGUACGAGCGAGGAAGCAGGUUCCAGCGAGGAAGCAGGUUCGAGCGAGGAAGCAGGUUCGAGCGAGAAAGCAGGUACGAGCGAGAAAGCAGGUACGAGCGAGAAAGCAGGUACGAGCGAGAAAGCAGGUACGAGCGAGAAAGCAGGUAGGAGCGAGGAAGCAGGUAGGAGCGAGGAAGCAGGUACGAGCGAGGAAGCAGGUACGAGCGAGGAAGCAGGUACGAGCGAGGAAGCAGGUACGAGCGAGGAAGCAGGUAGGAGCGAGGAAGCAGGUACGAGCGAGGAAGCAGGUACGAGCGAGGAAGCAGGUACGAGCGAGGAAGCAGGUACGAGCGAGGAAGCAGGUACGAGCGAGGAAGCAGGUACGAGCGAGGAAGCAGGUACGAGCGAGGAAGCAGGUACGAGCGAGGAAGCAGGUACGAGCGAGGAAGCAGGUACGAGCGAGGAAGCAGGUACGAGCGAGGAAGCAGGUACGAGCGAGGAAGCAGGUACGAGCGAGGAAGCAGGUACGAGCGAGGAAGCAGGUACGAGCGAGGAAGCAGGUACGAGCGAGGAAGCAGGUACGAGCGAGGAAGCAGGUACGAGCGAGGAAGCAGGUAGGAGCGAGGAAGCAGGUAGGAGCGAGGAAGCAGGUACGAGCGAGGAAGCAGGUACGAGCGAGGAAGCAGGUACGAGCGAGGAAGCAGGUACGAGCGAGGAAGCAGGUACGAGCGAGGAAGCAGGUACGAGCGAGGAAGCAGGUACGAGCGAGGAAGCAGGUACGAGCGAGGAAGCAGGUACGAGCGAGGAAGCAGGUAGGAGCGAGGAAGCAGGUAGGAGCGAGGAAGCAGGUACGAGCGAGGAAGCAGGUACGAGCGAGGAAGCAGGUACGAGCGAGGAAGCAGGUACGAGCGAGGAAGCAGGUACGAGCGAGGAAGCAGGUACGAGCGAGGAAGCAGGUACGAGCGAGGAAGCAGGUACGAGCGAGGAAGCAGGUACGAGCGAGGAAGCAGGUAGGAGCGAGGAAGCAGGUAGGAGCGAGGAAGCAGGUAGGAGCGAGGAAGCAGGUAGGAGCGAGGAAGCAGGUAGGAGCGAGGAAGCAGGUAGGAGCGAGGAAGCAGGUAGGAGCGAGGAAGCAGGUACGAGCGAGGAAGCAGGUACGAGCGAGGAAGCAGGUACGAGCGAGGAAGCAGGUAGGAGCGAGGAAGCAGGUACGAGCGAGGAAGCAGGUACGAGCGAGGAAGCAGGUACGAGCGAGGAAGCAGGUACGAGCGAGGAAGCAGGUUCGAGCGAGGAAGCAGGUUCGAGCGAGAAAGCAGGUAGGAGCGAGGAAGCAGGUAGGAGCGAGGAAGCAGGUAGGAGCGAGGAAGCAGGUAGGAGCGAGGAAGCAGGUACGAGCGAGGAAGCAGGUACGAGCGACGAAGCAGGUACGAGCGAGGAAGCACGUACGAGCGAGGAAGCACGUACGAGCGAGGAAGCAGGUACGAGCGAGGAAGCAGGUACGAGCGAGGAAGCAGGUACGAGCGAGGAAGCAGGUACGAGCGAGGAAACAGGUACGAGCGAGGAAGCAGGUAGGAGCGAGGAAGCAGGUACGAGCGAGGAAGCAGGUACGAGCGAGGAAGCAGGUACGAGCGAGGAAGCAGGUAGGAGCGAGGAAGCAGGUAGGAGCGAGGAAGCAGGUAGGAGCGAGGAAGCAGGUAGGAGCGAGGAAGCAGGUAGGAGCGAGGAAGCAGGUAGGAGCGAGGAAGCAGGUAGGAGCGAGGAAGCAGGUACGAGCGAGGAAGCAGGUACGAGCGAGGAAGCAGGUACGAGCGAGGAAGCAGGUAGGAGCGAGGAAGCACGUACGAGCGAGGAAGCACGUACGAGCGAGGAAGCAGGUACGAGCGAGGAAGCAGGUAGGAGCGAGGAAGCAGGUACGAGCGAGGAAGCAGGUACGAGCGAGGAAGCAGGUACGAGCGAGGAAGCAGGUACGAGCGAGAAAGCAGGUACGAGCGAGGAAGCAGGUACGAGCGAGGAAGCAGGUACGAGCGAGGAAGCAGGUACGAGCGAGGAAGCAGGUUCGAGCGAGAAAGCAGGUAGGAGCGAGGAAGCAGGUAGGAGCGAGGAAGCAGGUAGGAGCGAGGAAGCAGGUAGGAGCGAGGAAGCAGGUACGAGCGAGGAAGCAGGUACGAGCGACGAAGCACGUACGAGCGAGGAAGCACGUACGAGCGAGGAAGCACGUACGAGCGAGGAAGCAGGUACGAGCGAGGAAGCAGGUACGAGCGAGGAAGCAGGUACGAGCGAGGAAGCAGGUACGAGCGAGGAAGCAGGUACGAGCGAGGAAGCAGGUAGGAGCGAGGAAGCAGGUACGAGCGAGGAAGCAGGUACGAGCGAGGAAGCAGGUACGAGCGAGGAAGCAGGUACGAGCGAGGAAGCAGGUAGGAGCGAGGAAGCAGGUAGGAGCGAGGAAGCAGGUAGGAGCGAGGAAGCAGGUAGGAGCGAGGAAGCAGGUAGGAGCGAGGAAGCAGGUAGGAGCGAGGAAGCAGGUACGAGCGAGGAAGCAGGUACGAGCGAGGAAGCAGGUACGAGCGAGGAAGCAGGUACGAGCGAGGAAGCAGGUACGAGCGAGGAAGCAGGUACGAGCGAGGAAGCAGGUACGAGCGAGGAAGCAGGUACGAGCGAGGAAGCAGGUACGAGCGAGGAAGCAGGUUCGAGCGAGGAAGCAGGUUCGAGCGAGGAAGCAGGUUCGAGCGAGAAAGCAGGUACGAGCGAGAAAGCAGGUACGAGCGAGAAAGCAGGUACGAGCGAGAAAGCAGGUACGAGCGAGAAAGCAGGUACGAGCGAGAAAGCAGGUACGAGUGAGAAAGCAGGUACGAGUGAGAAAGCAGGUACGAGUGAGAAAGCAGGUACGAGUGAGAAAGCAGGUACGAGUGAGAAAGCAAGUAAGAGUGAGAAAGCAAGUAAGAGUGGGAAAGCAGGUACGAGUGGGAAAGCAGGUACGAGUGAGAAAGCAAGUACGAGUGAGAAAGCAAGUACGAGUGAGAAAGCAGGUACGAGUGAGAAAGCAGGUACGAGUGAGAAAGCAGGUACGAGUGAGAUUGCUUACCCUUGCAUACACAUUGUUUUGAGACGUCUCAAAACAUCUUUUUUAUCACGUGGCGUGUCUGCAUUCCCCCCACCCUCUCUCCCAUCAGUCAUACACAUUGGAGCUAGAAGCAGCGGAUAUUGUACGACAGCGUACACAGUGGAGCUAGAAGCUGAGAUAGCGUACACAGUGGAGCUAGAAGCUGAGAUAGUGAGGCUCAGGCAAGACAACAGCCGCCUCAAGGAGGUAUCUACCUACCUUUCUACCUGCCUUCUCUUCUCUCUCAUCCAGUGCUCCCACCCGUUAAACCACAUCUUACCUCCCGUUUCUCCCGUUUUUACUUGUUCUCCCAUUGGUCUCGCGAGCUAUAAAAUGCGAGCAUUCAAGGCGAGAGGCUAA